UUUGUUUCGUGUUUGAAGCAUCUUUCGUAAGAAUGGCAUUAGGAAGGUUGUGAAAGGAAGAACCUGUUAUAACACAUUGUAUGGAUGGAAGAGUGAGAGUGUAUGAAGAUAGGUAUAGUAUGCGAUUUCUUGUGAUCGCGGAGGAGAGACGGUUCUUAGUUUCAGACUAUACUAAAUUCUGCGUUCUUGAAGAACGUAGACGUAACUGGAAAUAUAUUCAGUCAUUACACAAACGCGAGUGCAUCCUUCGAUUCUUCGGCCUCUUUUAAUCAAUUAAAAUAUCAAAUUUAGUGAACAAAUAACAAAUUAUUCCUAAAGCUAUGACUGAAAAUUGGAGAACAAUUUUUGUAACUGGAGGUGCUGGUUAUAUUGGUAGUCAUUGUAUUGUAGAACUUUUAGAAUGUGGAUAUGAUGUAGUAGCUAUAGACAAUUUUGCAAAUAGCGUUGUAGAAGGUAAAGGGGAAUCUGCAGCUCUUAAAAGAGUUGAAAAAAUAACUGGAAAGAAAGUUAUAUUUUAUAAUUGUGACCUAAUUAAUAAAAACAAUCUUGAAGAAGUAUUUAAUAAGCACAAAAUAGAUUGUGUCAUUCAUUUUGCGGCUAUAAAAGCAGUGGGAGAAUCUAUGCAAGUUCCACUUCAUUAUUAUAAGAAUAAUAUUAUUGGUGCCAUUAAUUUACUAGAAGUAAUGAAAGCUGCUGGUUGUUUUCAAUUAGUUUUUAGUAGUUCUUGUACAGUAUAUGGAGAACCAAAUGAAUUACCAAUAACUGAAGAACAUCCUACAGGAAAUAUAACUAAUGUAUAUGGUCGUACUAAGUAUUUUAUCGAAGAGAUGCUCAAAGAUAUAUCAAGAGCUGAAAAGAGUUGGAAUAUAAUCUCUUUAAGAUACUUCAACCCAGUAGGUGCUCAUCCUAGUGGAUUAAUAGGAGAAGAUCCAACAAAACCAUUUACAAAUUUAAUGCCAUAUAUCGCACAAGUUGCAUUAAGUCAUAAACCUGAACUCAUUAUCUUUGGUGGUGAUUAUCCUACAAAGGAUGGAACAGGAAUUCGAGAUUAUAUUCAUGUCAUGGAUUUGGCAUCUGGUCAUGUAGCUGCUUUAAAUGCUUUACAUAAACAGCAUGUCAAACUAAAAAUUUACAAUUUAGGUACUGGACAAGGAGUAUCUGUUCUUGAAUUAAUAAAAACAUUUGAAAAAGUGACAGGUGCAACUGUUCCAUAUGUUAUAAAAGAUAGGAGAGAAGGCGAUAUCGUCUCGAUGUUUGCUAAUACAGAUUUAGCAGAAAAGGAACUUGGAUGGAAAACUAAAUAUAAUGUUGAACGAAUGUGUGAAGAUUUUUGGAGGUGGCAAACAAUGAAUCCGUAUGGAUAUCGUGCGCCAAUAAAAAAUGGCAUUCAUAAUCAUGUAAAUAAUACUACAUAAACAUAUGACUUAUAUGCGGCUGUUCUUCACCUUACGCCGUAGGAUA